ACAAUGACAUUUGACAGAUGAAUAUACUUUUAGAGGUUAAGAAUUUUAAUAAAAACACAACGAAAAUAUUAAGAAUUAUGAUGAAUGAUUGUCUGUACAUAAUCAUGAAAUAAAUUUCUCAAUAUGCCCAUGAUGGCGCUAUAGUCUAACUAUACUGCAAAAUGAUAGUAACUCAAUGGUUGUAGCUCUUAUUCACUAGUAAACCUCUCAAGUACCACAGCAAAGUGUUCCCUAUUGACAAAUGAUGCCAAAUGCCCCGCUUUUAGCAGCACAUUCCAUAAUUGUUCAUAUUGAUAGUAUGAGUAUGUACAAAAAUGUAACACAUCCCAAUUACGUCGUGUAAAUUAAAAAAAAUAAAGGUGUUAAAACAAUGAAUAAACAAAUUGAUACCGAUAACAAGAUACAACCUUUGAAAUUUUUUAAAAAGAUUCCAGUAUACGUGGUAGAGGAACACAAUGAUGCCCUGCAGUUUAUAUACUCCGCUAUAGGAGGGAAGAAGUUACCAAUAGAAGGUACAACUUUACUGCAUUUAGAUGCACAUCCAGACAUGCUUAUAGAUCGUAAAUUAAAGGGGAAAGAAGCUAGGUCUGGUAGGAAUCUUUUGCCUUUAUUGCAAAUAGAAAAUUGGAUCGUGCCCGCGGCGGCAGCCGGCCAUAUAGGUCGAGUGGUGUGGCUGCGACCACCGUGGGCGAAGCAAUUUAGCGAUGGUACUCGCGUUAUUCACGUCGGAGACCACCCUGCCACAGGCUUGCUCCGCGUCGACAGUCAAGAACCCUAUUAUUUGUCGGAUGCAUUGUUUUCAUCGAACUUGCUCAGUGAAAAGGCAUUCACAUUUACCGUUGCAGAGCUUUCAGACGUCGACGAGGACCGCAUAAAUAAAUUGGCUCUGCAUCUUGGAAUAACUCAUCCGUAUGUUCUCGAUAUAGACUUAGAUUUCUUCAGUACUGGAAAUCCAUUUCUUCAAUUAUUUGAGAAAAUUGGAUUAUACGAUCGGCUGGAAACUAUUUUUUCUUCUAUUCUCCCGUCUGAUAGCGACGCGCAAGCCUUAGAAGAAUUUACAGAGCUACGAGAAUCUCAAUUGCAAGAACUCGAAAACUUGUUUGAACAUUUAGAAAAAUUUGGUUGUUUAAAGCUUUACAAAGGACCAACUACCGAAAUUUAUAAAAAGGUUUGUGAUUUAGUCGAAACGGUUACUGAGGAAGCACAUAGACUGGGCCAAACUCCUGACUGGUGGAUGAUAUACGCAGCAGGGUGCACCAGAGAUCAAGGGGGCUUGCCGUAUCACAUAAGCACGGAAGAAGAAAUAAAAACUGCCAUUACGAAAACUUUAAGACAAUUUUUGCUUGAAUUGCCGCCACCUGUUUUAAUAACCCUAGCCAGAUCUACAGAUGAUGGCUAUUGUCCACAAGAUCAGGUAAACAUGAUACAAUCAUUGGUACUGGAAACACUCAAAGAAGUUUUUGAAACGGACCAGCCUAAUUUACAUUAUUUAAACACUUCUAAUUAAGGUAGAAUUGUUUGUUUAAUACACUUUUAAUUUU